CUAUGAACUAUAUCCUCAGGUUUCAGCUGUGCAUGGACUGGUCAGUGUCCAGAGUGACCAGAGCAAGGCUUUAAAUGCAUCGUCUCUUCAGAGUGAGCUGUCUCAUCUAGAUUAUCUAGCCCAAGGUGUCCAGAACAAGUUAAAUCACCUUCGCCUCUCUGAUGACUGCGGUUACAUGAGCGAUUGCAGCUGGGCGACUACCUCUGAGUUAGUCUGUAACCAAGGAAGCACCACUUCCGCUGACGUCAUCACGGCGACACGUGGAUCCAAGAUGGCGGCGGCGAUGGUUUGGCUGCCCUGGUCUCUGCUACUUGUUUCUCUCACGUGUCAAACAAGCUCCUUCUAUGUCCCGGGGGUUGCACCAAUCAACUUCCACCAGAACGACCCUGUAGAAAUCAAGGCUGUGAAGCUUACCAGCUCUCGAACCCAGUUACCUUACGAAUACUACUCAUUGCCCUUUUGCCAGCCCAGCAAAAUAACCUACAAGGCAGAAAAUCUGGGAGAGGUGCUGAGAGGGGACCGGAUUGUCAACACCCCUUUCCAGGUUCUCAUGAACAGUGAGAAGAAGUGUGAGGUUCUGUGCAGCCAAUCCAGCCAGCCGGUGACCCUGAAUGUGGAACAGAGCAAGCUCGUGGCCGAGCGCAUCACAGAAGACUACUAUGUCCACCUCAUUGCUGACAAUCUGCCUGUGGCCACUCGGCUGGAGCUGUACUCCAACCGUGACAGUGACGACAAGAAGAAGGAAAAAGAUGUGCAGUUUGAACAUGGUUACCGGCUCGGCUUCAUAGAUGUCAACAAGAUCUACUUGCACAAUCACCUCUCCUUUAUCCUUUACUACCAUCGGGAAGACAUGGAAGAGGACCAGGAACAUACAUACCGUGUCGUCCGCUUCGAGGUGAUUCCCCAGAGCAUCAGGCUGGAGGACCUCAAAGCAGAUGAGAAGAGUUCAUGUACCCUGCCUGAGGGUACCAACUCCUCACCCCAAGAAAUUGACCCCACCAAGGAGAAUCAGCUGUACUUCACCUACUCUGUGCACUGGGAGGAAAGUGACAUCAAAUGGGCCUCCCGCUGGGACACUUACCUGACCAUGAGUGAUGUGCAGAUCCACUGGUUUUCUAUCAUUAACUCAGUCGUGGUGGUCUUCUUUCUGUCAGGCAUCCUGAGCAUGAUUAUCAUUCGGACCCUCCGGAAGGACAUUGCCAACUAUAACAAGGAGGAUGACAUUGAAGACACUAUGGAGGAAUCUGGGUGGAAGCUGGUGCACGGUGACGUCUUCAGGCCACCCCAGUACCCUAUGAUCCUCAGCUCCCUGCUGGGCUCAGGCAUUCAGCUCUUCUGUAUGAUCCUCAUUGUCAUCUUCGUGGCCAUGCUUGGGAUGCUGUCGCCCUCCAGCCGGGGAGCGCUCAUGACCACAGCCUGCUUUCUCUUCAUGUUCAUGGGGGUGUUUGGUGGAUUUUCUGCUGGCCGUCUGUACCGCACUCUAAAAGGCCAUCGGUGGAAGAAAGGAGCCUUCUGUACAGCAACACUGUACCCUGGUGUGGUUUUUGGCAUUUGCUUCGUACUGAAUUGCUUUAUCUGGGGAAAGCACUCGUCAGGAGCGGUGCCAUUUCCUACCAUGGUUGCUCUGCUCUGCAUGUGGUUUGGGAUCUCCUUGCCCCUUGUCUACUUGGGCUACUACUUCGGCUUCCGCAAGCAGCCAUACGACAACCCCGUUCGUACCAACCAGAUUCCCCGGCAGAUCCCUGAACAGCGGUGGUACAUGAACCGAUUCGUGGGCAUUCUCAUGGCUGGGAUCCUGCCCUUUGGUGCCAUGUUCAUCGAGCUGUUCUUCAUCUUCAGUGCAAUCUGGGAGAAUCAGUUCUAUUACCUCUUUGGCUUCCUGUUCCUUGUUUUCAUCAUCCUGGUGGUGUCCUGUUCACAAAUCAGCAUCGUCAUGGUGUACUUCCAGCUAUGUGCAGAGGAUUACCGAUGGUGGUGGAGGAAUUUUCUAGUCUCCGGGGGAUCUGCAUUCUACGUCCUGGUCUAUGCCAUCUUUUAUUUUGUUAACAAGCUGGACAUCGUCGAGUUCAUCCCCUCUCUCCUCUACUUUGGCUACACGGCUCUCAUGGUCCUAUCCUUCUGGCUGCUCACAGGCACCAUUGGCUUCUAUGCAGCCUACAUGUUUGUCCGCAAAAUCUAUGCUGCCGUGAAGAUAGACUGAUUGGGGUGGACCGUGGCCAGGCCCACUCCAUCCUUGGAAAGGAAGCCACCCUGUGUGGGGAACUGCAGGCACACAAAAUAAAAUAACUCCUGCUCAUUUGGAAUAUAACUCCUGGCACAGUGUUCCUGGAUCCCUGGGCUGCGUGGGGGGCGGGAGGGCCUGUAGAUAAAUCUUGCAUUUUUCUUCAUCUUAUACCAGUUUUGUGGGGGCUGAGUUUUUUGUGGGGUUUUUUUUCAGUGCUAAGAAAGUUCCGUUUAGCAGGAACUCUGACCCGUUUGUUCAGGUUUAUUUUGGUUUGGGGUGUUUUUCCUUAGUUCUUUAAACAAAUGGAUCCAGGAUGAAUGACUCCACCAAGAUACUGGGUUUGGUCCCUGUCUCCACCUCAGUUCCUCAGGUCUCUU